UAGUAGCUCGUCUUAUUAGCGAGAAAUCAAAUCAGAAUGUUCGCGUCAAAUAAACGUUCCAACUCCCAUCAGCUCUUCGUUUCGUAUGAUACAUUUCGUUUUUACGAAUUGUUCAUUCCUGCAACAUAUUCUCGGACGAAACUAAUUGCAAAACAAUAUAGGCUGGAGACGUGCGGCCGACUCGUGUGCUGCGUGCAGAAGCUGUACAGAAGCGGGAACGCGACAGAAGAGGCUGAGCAACGGAUCAAUCAACGAGGCCGAAGGGGGGCUCAGGCUGGCCCCGAGUUGGAGGGGCCCUCCGGCUCGGAGGAUGGCAUCCUGCCGAUCCCAGUCAGCCCGAGUCCCGCAUCCACGUCCUCGCAAGAAGAUGCUUGCAAGCCACCGCCGCGAAACUGCUAUCGCUUGGUCAUGCUCGGUAGCGCGAGGGUCGGCAAAACUGCCAUUGUAGCACGAUUCUUGUCGAACAAAUUUGAGGAGAGUUACACCCCGACGAUCGAGGACUUCCACCGAAAGCUGUAUAGAAUCAAAGGUGAGGUUCAUCAGCUUGACCUUCUCGACACAAGCGGGAACCAUCCGUUUCCUGCCAUGCGACGAUUAUCCUUCCUAACAGGAGAUCUGUUCGUGGUGGUAUUCAGCUUGGACUGUCGGGAGUCCUUUGAGGAGGCCAUCAGGCUGCGAGAAUCGAUCCUGGAAACUAAAGUGAGCGCGACCCAAAACGCUACGAAAAGCAGAAGCAAGAGUCACUUUAACUUGAAGGUUCCUAUGGUCAUCGUUGGAAACAAAUGUGAUAAGGAAGUUAGAGUAGUCGCAAUUGAGGAGGCGGAGGAGUACUGCAACAGUCAAGACGAUUGUUGCAUUUUCGUCGAGGCGUCCGCGAAGAGGAAUUACCACGUGGAGGAGCUUUUUUACCAGCUGUUUGUGGUGGCUGGCUUGCCACUAGAAAUGGCCCCGAAUCAUCACAGGAAGGUCCCCCUCACUUUCGGUUCACCCACCAUGCUACCACCGUCACAGCCAAGGCACAAAGGCACCUUGAGCAUAAAGCGUCGCCUGAGCGACGCCUGUGGCGUCGUGGCGCCGAACGUGCGCCGGCCGAGCAUCAGGACAGAUCUGAUGAUCAUGAGGACGAAAACGUGUUCGCUGGCCGCCGGGAACGAGAACAAUGUGCCAGGAUCGAGGAUCACACUUCGUACCCACGACGCCAGAAAGACGUGCUCCAUUCAGUGAUAUCUUCCGAAAGUCUUCGCGAACUUCAAUUCGAAACGAUGACUCCGUGCUCGAUUCUCGCGGCGGAUCGCGAUCUCCCGCGGAUACACCCAUGCGAAAUAGAUUAUUCUUUUCGCAUCUCAUGUUCGUUUAACGGAAUAAUGUUUUUAAAUGACAACGUUCGUGCAGUAGAGAUAAUACUCGGCGAAGAAUCGAGGUUCCUCUCCCCAGAGGUACCGUGAGAGCGACAUAAACUGAUAUCGUAUUUUUACGCAAAAGUCGAGGAGCAUCGCGAGUAAACGGGAGUCGCGCGAAAAGGGAGAACACAAGAUAUCGUGAGCGAGAAUCGUCACGGAAACGAGGACGUUUCAAACCGACCACGCUACUCGCCUUGAUCAAUUAAACAAAUAGCUCUAGCAUAACGUCCCGGAAAUAACAAAUAUAUUAUUAAAACAUAAGAUACGAUCCAACGACGGGUCGAUGGCCGUAUUAAAUAAAACGGCGUCGAUCGGAAGACGGAAGAGUUCGACGUAAUUGCGGCUGAAACGAACGGGAGACCGUUCCCGUGAUAACUUCUGGAGCUUUUCGAGCGUUAUCAGAGCAGUCGACCAUUCGCGCCCUUAGGCGAGGCAAUUAAACUUCUUUUUUUCCCCGUUGUAGUUUCGCGGUGAGAAACCUGCUCGACCGAGCGAUGAUUUUAUUUGCAGACGCCGGCAAAUGAUUUGAACAGUUUUUAAUUACAAUUUCACUCGGAAUCGAGGGGAGAUCUUUCGUAGCGUUUGCUGAAAUGGUCGACUGAUCGUGACACUUUGAUUCUACCUUAAGUAUGACUGUCAAGCCGAUGCGAACCAAAUACCGUAUACGUGUAUAUAGCUAAUUUAUUUAUGAAAUAAGAUGGCACAUUGUACCGAGCACGCGUACAUAUGAGCAUUUAAUGCGUUUAUCAAUCAUAGCGAAGCCUCGAAUUAUGUUCGACAUCGUCCGAACUUUGGAAGUCAAGCCUGAAUCUUAUACACUUGGACGAACCACGAAAUCUUUCUUAACAAAUUAUUUCCAAGAGACAAACAGUCGACUUGUUUUCGUAACCUUCCACAUCCGAACUGUAUUCGAUUUAUUCUACUCGGAAUUUCUUUCGCCCUGCGACACCGCAUAUACGCGUACACAUGCUCUACUCGAUAAUUAAACGAUCGUUGCUGUACUAAUCAAAGCGCAUGGAAGCAAAAUAUGUACGAGAGACGUCUUUUCAUAAAACUGACCCCUGAUUUUCGGACCAAAAGAACGUUUCGUUCUCUUGUAAUAAAUGCGUAAACAACAAACCAAUGCGCGUUCUUUUUUUUAAUGUCCGAUGUCCUUUUCAUUAAUAUUAACACCGAGGACAGAUCGCUGGUAAUCUCUCCUCGGUGAUAUUAAAUACAGAUUUUCAUUGACAGUAAAAAGUGAUGAACCGGAUAAUUCUUUUGUCCGGUUUCUUAUGACGAGCAGAACAAUGUAGUUAACGAUUUUAUGAAGAACAAAGGAAUACGCAGGUAUAUUUCUAAUUCAACGCGACACGAAUCGUCGACCUACGCAUUUAUACGGUCAUUUUCGAGCCAACGCCCUGACAACCUAAUGAACAGACAUUUUCGUUCAACUCCCGGUAGAUUAAUUAGACCCAGAAAAGUAAGUUCCCCGUGGAUCUGCCGGGAGCCCUGAAGUGAGGCCAAUUACUCGAUUAAUACGUUAAUUAAUUUCUCGGCAACGCCACUUCCGUAUCCAUUUUUAGUGAGCCGAAUUACAGAUUACGACGAGAUCCAUGUAUACGUUCCAAUCUCAAAACUGGAUAACUCAAACAACUUAACGUUUUUUGGAGUGUUUCAACUUUAUACACUGGACCGUUUUUAUUUUUUUUACAAGUUUUGUCAUGUUAUAACUACGCUACUAACUUGCACACAAACAAUAUAAAUACAUUGUACAUAUUAUUGUACAGAAAACGACGAUGGUUAAAGAGACGCUCGAGGGGUAGCCGACGUCUCAAGUAUCGAGAUCCCGGAGACAAAUCUCAUUAGAAGCAGUUUCGGUAAAGAAAGCACGAGGUGACCACAGAAUUCCAAACGCGUGGAAUGUUUAAUUAAACUCCGUCAAGAACCCGGGGAAUUUCGUACGAGGCGUCACAAGACUCGUGCAUCAUGCAAGUAUCUACGUUAUCGUCGCAGCCGUAAUAUCGAGGGUACAACAGCUUCGCCCGUGAACUGACCUCGUAAUUAAUUCUGAUUUCUCGUUGCUCUACCAUUUUAAUUCAAGGGCUGCUCAUUGAAAAAGAUUUAACGCGUUGUUCCUCUUCUACGUUAUGUUGCUCAUGACGAUCGGCCCGUCGUUCAUCACGGGAAACUAUUUAUAAUUUAAAGAUCGUCCGUAAAUUGGAAAGGUCCACGAGCAAAACUUCAUUACGCGAGAUAUCCGCAGGACAAAUCCUUUUGUUAUCUCAGUUUCAUCGGGAAAUUGAAAUAACGGCGAUGGUUAUGGGAAGCCAAUGCAUUUUCCGAUAUCUCGGAAGGAUUGGUAAGUUGCCCCAUGCGAUGUUUGUGCAGCGCGUAUAAGCAAUCUGCAAAGUAUUUACCAGUAACCAUAGGAUCGUUGAAAAAGAAAGAACGAGGCAGAAAUCACUUUUCGUGGGAUCGCGAGAGGCGAGCGCUCAUGGGAACCCUGGAAAUGAGUUCGCCGAUCUAACCGAAACGGUGGAUUUUAUUUUAACGGGGUGGUUGGCGAAACUCGAGAACAGUCUGUACCUCUAACAAACUUUCGACAUGAGAAUUCCCAGCGGGGAGAUAAAUAGAAGAUAUCUGAAAGUGCGGCAACGAUAACUAUGAACGAACUACGAAAUUUCGCACGAACAGUGGCUGCCACUGGAUCCGCACGAUAAUAAUACGAAUGAAUCAUCGUACUUUCGAUUUACAAAGAAAGAGGCAAUAAUGUUGUUUGUAAUCAUAACUUCGUGACAAUAAAUGUUCGUAGAUAAAAGGUCAA